AUGUCCCGGCAGGCCUACCCAUCCUCCUCGGGCUCCCGCAGACCCAGCCAAUCCGGUACACGGCCCCUCGUGAUCAGCAGGCCGACCCGCCCGACCACGCCCACAUCAAAUGGCUCGGUCCCGCAACCGCUGCACGGCUCGCCCUCCAACGCGCCCUCCCGCCCAGACAGAUCGGCCUAUCGCGCGCCCAGGCCACCCCUCGAUUAUCCUGCCUCCGAUUCACCCUCUUACUCUCGUCCUCCGAGAGAGCGCGAGAGACAGGACAGCGUCAGCACCACCCGCUCAGAUGCCUCCAUGCCCUACCCCGCUCACCGCAACGGCGGGCCCACAGCUGCCGCCCGGCCUCCUCGGAACAGGCCGAACCGCUCUGGCACCGUCGGCACCGUGUCCUCUGAUGGCGACGGAGAAUCGCCUGCUUCUCUUGGAAACGUGCUCUCCGCAUUCGCAGGUGCGAGCCGGAAGAAGACGCUGGACGAUGAAGAGUGGGAGAGGAUGCGGCAGGAAGAGCUCGAGGCCGAGCAGAGGCGACAGAAGAGGAUAAGGGAUAAGGUUCCAGGACGCAGGACGAAUGGUCGCGCAAAGGCCGGGGACAUCGAUGCCAUCUUGGACGAAAUCAAGGACGAGUGGGCUUAUGUCACCGAUCCGGACUUCAACCCCGUCGAACUCGCCCUACAACUACUCGACGAUGCAUCUUCCGGGCAGGGCAUGGCCUCAUUUCGACAAACGAAGAAGAUGCUUUCGCGCGCUCUCCAGGGCUCGGUCGACAAGCACUACCAAGCAUUCGCGGCUGCGCUUCCCCAUCACGCAUCACUCGUCUCACACUUGACUACGACGCAGGGCCAUAUCAAGGAUGCCCGAACCGCGUUACAAGAAACGAAGGACGCGCUCGGCAACAAGCGCUCCGAUCUAGUACAGCUAUGGACUCGAAAUCAGACAUUGGAGGAAAUGCUGCGUAUUCUGGACCAAAUCGAGCGCCUCAAGCUGGUUCCAGACGUGCUUGAGAGUCUGAUGUCCGAAAAACGGCUGCUGCAAGCCUCCAUACUCCUCGUCAGGAGCUUGAAGACCAUCAACAAGCAGGAUAUGCUCGAGAUUGGUGCCGUUGCUGACCUACGCAGUUAUCUUGUCGGGCAAGAGUCGGCUUUGCGAGAUAUUCUCCUUGACGAACUCCACAGUCAUCUAUACCUCAAGUCCUUCUGGUGUGAGAACCGUUGGGCUCCUUAUACCCCUAAUCAACAGUCUCUCCCUCCAGUAGAAUUCGAAGAAUUGCCACUCCCAGCCGACUUUCAACGACCACCAACACCGACUACGCCUACACAGGCAGAGCCGUCCAAAUCGUCCCGUCUGACACGCUACAUCCACGACCUCACCUUGAGGCCAAACGACCCCCCACAUGGUCUCAACGAGGCCGAGUCCCUCGCUGUAUCUGGCGGUCUCUCAGCCAGCUCGUCCAUUGUGAACUUGAAUGCGAGCACGACCUCAGCGUCCUUACAAACCGCCGCUCUUGAUACUGGUGAGGCGCCAGACGUCAAUCCCGAAACCGACUCAUUCGCCUAUAUCGAGACAUUACUGGAGUCACUCGCGGUUCUCGGGAAGCUAGGCAGUGGUCUUGACGUAGUCGCACAGCGAUUGCCGAACGAGGUGUUUUCGCUUAUCGAGGCAACAGUUGACGAAGUCGGCGAACGUUUGGAGUAUGGCCGUAGAGCAUCGACCAACCUCAGCAGUUCCAUAUCUGGGGCUGUCACUCAGCCGCACACUACCUACGUCUUCGCCUCACAGACAGGGAUUGGCACCAGCUCUGAGUUGCCUGGCGGCGGUUUGGGGCGAGCAAAGGGGCAGGGAUUCGCAACGUCUCGGUUGCGACUCACCGCUCUGGAGUCCUCGUCGAAGCAGGUGGAUCAUGAGAUCUUGCGAGAUCUCUUUUGGACGGUGUACUCCAAGCUGGACGCCGUGUUACAAGGCCUUCGCGUAGUAUCUGAGGUCGCUAAUCGCAUUGGGUCCCGGCGCGACUUUCACGACACGUCCGGUGCAAAACCCGGAUCCCUAUUUCCUCUCUCGGAGUUGUGGAUACCAAUCCAAGCCGAGGUCCGGACACUACUCUAUGACUAUGUGACUGAUGAGGAGCAAGGACGUAUGUCCGGCCGCAAUCCCAUUGCCUCUAUCAACGACGUUCUCCGAGACGGCCGCUUCAACCGAGACAAAUCCAAGCACGUCUUCCGAUUCGCCGAUACAGAUGUCAAGCUCUCCAAUAAGAGUUUACGUCCUCACGAAGAUGAGCUCACCCGAGUGCUCCGCGAUACCGUGCCAGGUCUCGUGCAAGGCUCGACAGAAACCUCGGUGCAAGCAACCCUUUCUUCGGUCGGUACGGACGAGCGUCUACUCGGGAUUGAGCAACAUCACCGCCUUCUCAUCAGACCGGACGCUUUCCACGUCAGCGUGCUGUUCCAGCCCAUGUUGGCUUUCCUUGACCGUGUGUCCUCAAUCUUACCGUCUGGAUUCGAGUCGGCACGGGCGUCCAGAGCUGUGAUGGAGGAGUUCGUAUUAGACGUGUACCUUCCUCAGUUGGAGGAGAAGGUUUCAGCACUGUUCCAUGGCGCUGUCAGCGGACCGGAGGCCUUCCAACCAGACCCUGCUUCCUCCUGGCUUUCCACAAAGCCCCUCGUUCACGCUAGCACACAGCUUAUGGCACUCAUCAACUCGCUCUGCACAAUGCUCAUGACCUCGCCCUUCCAUCGGGAUAACUACGCUCGUUUCAUACUUACCGUCAUAAUCCAAUUCUACCAGCGAUGUAGUGAUCGUUUCCAGUCCUUGGUGGCGACUGGAGAGUCACAGCUGCUGGGGCCGGAUGCAAGAGUCGCUCUCGCAGCGCAAUGGGCCCAGAAUCCGGAGAUGAUCACUUGCUUGUCGCAACUGCUCGAUUGCCCGCCUCAAGCAGAUGUGAAACGGCGCGAGCUCUGCCGCCAAGAGCGAGAUGUCGAGACGACACUGCUCGCUGACGGUGUUGUAGAGAAAGACGAUCUCGUACAUCCCUCUAGAAACUUCGCGUCACUUGGUCAUUUGUACCGCAGUGUCACCUGGUUCGCCUCCGCGCUCAGCCGACUGAAGACGGACGCGAUGCCGGACGAAGCCAAUCCAGGUUCACCGAUGACAGCUAUCACCGCGACCACGCCCUUUUUCCCUGUUCCUCCUUCUACUACGCGUACUUCGACAUCCGACAUCCAAUUGCCAUUGUCACGCGAGAUGGCCAUGCGUUUUCACGCGCUGCUGAAGACAUACGAACAACUUGCAGAGUUUAUUGUCUACGCUAUGCGAAUGGACGUACGGGCGCGCAUCAUCUACUAUCUCGAUCUGGCCUUUCGUCAUGGUAAUUACUGUCCUGACCGCGAGGUCGGCGAGCCCGAUCCACAUAUCAUCGAUCUCAACCUAGAACUAGCCGAGCUGGAUGACAUUGUUGCUAGCACAGUUCCAGGGACUGAACAACACUUCAUCUUCGAUGGUGUUGGGUUACUCAUGGAUGAGCUUUUGGUGUCGACCGCCCGUAAUAUCCGUAAGGUCAAUGCGAACGGUGUCAAGAAAAUAUUCCGCAAUAUGCUGGCGCUUCAGCAAUGUAUCAAGACGAUUGUGAACGACCCACGUGACACGGAGUUUGAGCGCGCGAAGCAGUAUUGGGCGCUCUUUACGCUGAACCCCGCUGAUAUGCUCGACAAGGUCCGCCAGAAGCAGGUGUUUAGCUUCGACGAGUAUAAGGUCAUGCUUGAUCUGCAAUGCGGCGUCGACCCUACACUCGGGGAGAAGUCUGCGUCGCAGGCGAUGGACCGCAACUACAGCAUGUACGUUAUCGAAUUGCACGGGAUGGAGCUGGAGGACAAAGGUGAAGGACUAUAA